UGCUCUGCUUUGCCCAGCGCUUACGUCACUGUAAUGCGGCGAAGAGCUGUUGCUAAACAAACCAAACACGGGUGUUUUAGUAAUAUUAUUUUAUAAUGGAGUUGGAACAGCCAAAGGAAGACUGCGCUCCAACACAGUCAACACCCACACCUCCUUCUCAGUCAAAGAGGCCAAGUCAGGCCCUAUUCGUCCCCAAACAGCGACUUCAGGGCUCCAAAGACAAAGUUCAGACUCAGGGAGAAGUAAAGCCGAGGCCCAGGCCUCGCUAUACAGACAAGGCACGAAAGAACGCUAAGAACAAGAAAGACAAGGCUGGAGGGGAAGAGACGUCUGCACCCGUUGUAGGAGAAGAUGGAGGUCAGGCACAGGAAGAGUGGCUACAGGAUACAGAUGUACAGGUGAAGGGGCAGUCUGAGCCUUCCAGUGUGGAGGCAGAUGGUUGCUCAUGGCUGGAAGCUACAUCCCCUCAAGAGGAAAAGGGGGAAGACGAGAGCUGGGACACACUGUUUAAUGAUGAUGGGGAUUGUCUGGAGCCACACCUGCUUGAAGAGCUUGCUAUCAAAGAAGGUAAAAAAAAAGAGUCAAUCCAGGAGGCAAGAUUCGAUUAUUAUAAUAUGGACCAAGAUGAAGACGAUGAUGACGUCGAUCUAAGAGAGGAUGAAAUCUCUCACAUCGUAGAGAUCUAUGACUUUCCUGCAGAAUUUAAAACAGAGGAUCUUCUCAAGUUAUUUCAGUGCUACCAACAGAGAGGCUUUGACAUUAAAUGGAUUGAUGACAAACACGCGUUGGGCCUCUUUUCAAGCCCCAUAGCAGCCCGCGAAGUUUUAAGAUCCAAACAUCAACUGAUGAAAGUGCGACCACUCUCCAAAUCCUCCUCUGCCAUAAAAGCCAAAGCCCGUAGCUGCUCAGACUACCUCCUGCCUGCAAAAGAGAGACCUCAGACAAGUGCAGCGCUGGCACGAAAGCUUGUGAUCGGUGCCCUCGGUGUGAAAAGCAACCUGACGAAUGAGCAGCGCGAGGCAGAGCGCAAGAAACUCCAGGAAGCAAGAGAACAAAAGCGACUGGCAGCCAAACAGAGGGAUGAUGCUUGGGAGGGGAACUGACUGGAAAAGAAAACAACAAUGCUUCCCUGUAUGUUUCUUUUUCUGUUAUUUAGCAAAAGCAAAACUUUUGUUUCAUCUUCGGCUCUGUUUUUGUCAACGGGCUCCUCCUUCCUGCCACCACACGUCCCAGAAAUGGAUUGCCAUCAAUUUUUCCUUCUCUCCUGCAGUGUUACCUCAGAGGAAAAUGUUCUACAGUACUACUGUUCCCUGUCCUUUAUCUUUUAUUAUUUUGUUCAGUGUCUGUUGCUUUAAAUAUUUGUAACACUUGAUCUUACUUCAGUACUGAAUCACUGAGUCUCAUCCUUUUGCAAACCAUCAGAUGGAUCAUUUUUUUGUAUAGAUUUAAAGAAUAAUGUUUGUUUUCCAGUCAAAGAUUCAUUUAAAUUCAGUCAUUGUGGCACUGUACAUUUUUAUCUAUGCGAAGAGGCCGUUGAGAUUCCAUUCUCUUUUAAUGGCUUGAAUUACAUUUUUUUAUAUUCAGAAAUGCAUUGUUCACAGUUUAAGGAUAAUUAAAUUAAACCUAAACCUUGCUUUUAAACCUUGA